AGGCUGCAGGGUUCCCACGACCCAUGCGCCUCGCCUACCUGGGGACUCCCCGUAUCCCCCUUUUUUGGGAAGCAUUGAACCGUUAUGCAAACAAGCUGCUUUUGCACAAGGGGCAAAACUCCCAAACCAGGUUGAAUUUUUUGCACAAGGGGCAAAACUCCCAAACCAGGUUGCAUGAACCAAGUUGGCUUGUUCUGCCAUCGCAGCCACAGAUAACUCAGACUCGGCGGAUUCGCCUUCUGCCAAAGCCACUCAAGCACGUCCAUGCCCCUCCGGCCCUCGCGGGGGCGACCGAGAGCCAUCGCCGAGGACUAAGAAAAGGAACGCCCAACAGCGUUUUUCCUUUCUCCCCCCGCGCAGGCGCAGAGCCCGCCUCCUUCUCUCCCGUUUCCAUGGAGAGGGGGAGGCGGAGCCGGGCGCAGUCCCCGGAUGAGGGCAAGAUGGCGGCGGUGGGGAUGGCUGCGCUGCGGGCGCUGAAGCGGCUCUGCUGCGUCGCCGUUUUCCUCUCGCAGCUCUACGUUCUCUCCGGCCGGGGGUCGCUGAGCUUGGAGCAUUCCCAUUCACAGGCUUCCCUCACAAAGAUUGUGGGGCUUCCUUCGAGCACCCACAUCCCAGCUUCCAAAGUGCCAGAAGGUACCUCAAUUCCAGCUUACGUGACCCGAUGCCCAAGUAAUGGGAUUUGUAGCCGGCUGCCUCCAGAAUGUAUGAUCUGCAGAACAAACUAUUCUUGUGUCUAUGGCAAAUCAGUUGCGUUUGAAUGUGAAACCAAACCCCAAGUCCAUUGUGUUGAUCAAAAUAACAGCCCUCAGAAGACGUUCUUGAUUAACAUGACUUGCCAAUUCUGCUGGCAGUUGCCACCCUCAAACUACCUUUGCUCCAAUCCUACCAACUGCAAGACAGUCUCGUGCCCACGAGAACGCUACACGGCCAAUUGCACUGUGAGAGACCACAUCCAUUGUCUAGGAAAUCGUACUUUUCCCAAGAUGCUCUAUUGCAACUGGACUGGAGGCUACAAAUGGUCAACAGCCUUGGCUUUAAGCAUCACGCUCGGUGGCUUUGGUGCAGACCGGUUCUACCUGGGACAGUGGCGGGAGGGGCUGGGCAAACUCUUCAGUUUCGGCGGUCUGGGAAUCUGGACGCUGAUAGAUGUGCUCCUGAUUGGAGUUGGGUAUGUGGGUCCCACAGACGGUUCGCUCUACAUCUAAGCAUCGAGACAAAACAAUCAGGUGGAUCACCCCGAGAAAUUCACAGAUCGGACUUGAAUGAUCUCUCUGGAAUUGCCUGCACGUCCGUUUUAAUGUACAGUAUCUGUACUCGGCCUGCCUUUAUUUUAAGGUAAAAUAAAUGACUUGUGGAAUGCUUGGCUGGUGUAGAUUUCUUUCUGUUUUGGAGAUCACCUUUGUUUUUAUUUUCUUUUUUUAUGAAAAAAAUAAAGCCUACAGUACUAUUUCCUUAAUAC